AUGGCUAAAACCUGGGACAGAACACCACUCUACGAUGACCCUUUCACCUCUCCAUCACAUCCACCGAAGGACAACACAUUCCGAUGGGCAACCAGAGUUGCUCGACCGUCUGCGUCCUCGAGAUUCUCAAGCUUCCGGCUGUCGCCAGUUAGGGUCUCGGUUUUGUUGGUCACGGUGGCUUUUGUUGUCUUUGUGCGGGAUCACCUGCCGGUGAAUGUGUAUAGAGGAUGGCGGCAAAAGGCUACUUGUUCAUCAUCCAACUCAUCUCUCACAGCGCUCAUUCCUUUGGACUCAACUGUCGAUACAGCAUCGCGAGCAAAUGAGAUGACCGACGCAUUUGCAUCCUACAAAUACAGAGACACUUGCAACAUCUCCUCCCUCGACUUACACGUUCCCUUCUCUCCUCUCUGCCCAGAUCGAGCAUCAAUGCUCAAAGCAAUGUCCUCGGGAGGACGGAUAGGGAACGAUGCGCCUUACACACCGAGAUAUUGCGACAUGCGAUGGUUUACCACGGAAGAGAUUUGUGAAAUCCUGGGACGCUUCGAAAGGAUAGUUCUCAUUGGAGAUUCUAUGCUGAGACAUGUUAUUGGGAGUAUGAAUAUUUUGAUUAGGAAGGAUUUGGGGUAUGGUGCGGUGACGGAUUGGAAUUUCUCUGCACAGGAGAAGAAGCAAUGCUUUUGCAAUGAGCAGUUCGAUGUCAAAGCUUGCUCUGUUCAAGGUAUUUACAAGACUGCAGAUGUGUUGGCACAUGAUCCGAAAAGUGUCGCUUGUUCGAAUAAUAUCAAUCUGAUGAUGGAACAAAUCAACCGCCACCCCAUCCCUCCCGAAGAACUCACCCGCCUCAAAACCAGCAUCGGCACCCCCACCAAAACCCGCAAAGCCUUCAUCCUCGGCCACGGCCUCUGGAACAACCUCGACCUCCAGCAAACCGUCAACUGGAUGGACGUGAUCCUCGACGCCAUCGGCCCAGACUGGCACGGUCUCUUCGUCACGCCCAACGCCGCGGGCAAGGAGAAACCAGACGAUUGGAUCGUCACGCAGGGGAAUAAAGCCCUCAUGUUGUUUGAGGAGGGAGUGAAGAUUGAGGCGGAGAAGAGGGGGCUCGAGCAUCUCGGGACGUGGAAUAUGAGUGUGCAGUGUAAUAAGUUUGAUGGGGUGCACCUUGAUUUGAGGGGGAAUUUGGUUAAGGCUAUGAUGGUGCUGAAUUGGUUGAGUUUGGUUGAGUAG